UGUACCAAUUCAUUUCAAAUUAAUUAAUUUAAAAUAAAUAUUUAUUAUUUGAUAAUUUAACUAACUUUAAACUUGAAAUAUUCUGUAAUAAUGAAUCUCUGUUUUAAUAAUUGAAUAUAAUAUACUCUUAUUUAGUUUUAUAGUUAAUAAAAUAUCUUGAACUUUUUUUAACUUAAAAAAAUGAUAGAAGUGUCAACUAAACUUAUUGGUGGACCUAUUUUUAUGCCUGGUAGCAAAAUUGGAUGCUGUAUUACUUUUACACAUCCUCCAUUACCAUCAGAUUCUAGAAGUCAGAGUAAUGAUGAUGUUUUAGAAAAUUUAGCAUGGGCUAGUGUACAGAUAAAUUGUCUUUGUUUAACAAAUGAUAAUAUAAAUUUUCCACUUGAUAUGAGUGUUACUAAAGAUGAACGUUUCUUGGGCAAUUCUGAAACAUCUUUUGCACCAUGUUUAAGUGAACAUGGGCAUGUUGUUUUGUCUACAAAACCAAAAAUUUUAUUUUGUGAUGUCAGAUUAUCACCGGGUGAAAGCAAAUCUUAUUUAUACAGUGAAACAUUAUCAAAUGAUGCUCCACCAUCAUAUAAAGGUCAUUUGGUAAAAUAUGCUUAUAAAAUUACUGUUGGAAUGCAGCGCCUAAAUUGUCCUAUUAAAUUAUUAAGAGUGCCUCUUCGGGUUGUGGUUAUUUGUGGGCUAACAGAAGGAGCAACAUGUGAAAAUAGUGUAGACUUAUCACCAAGUAAUCCAUUUAUAGAAUCCAAGGAUAAACAUGAAGAAAGUGAUAUGGCUCUUCAAAUUUUACAGAACAUAACAGCAAAACGUAGUCCAAAUUUUUAUAACAUAACAAAUUCUAAAGGAAAAGUAGCUCGUUUUUGUUUGUUUAAACAAGCUUAUAAACUUGGAGAAGACAUAGUUGGAACUUUUGAUUUUGAACAGACUGAUGUAUCAUGUAUUGAGUUUACAGUUAGUUUACAGUGUGAAGAAGAAGUGAAUAAAGAAUUUAUUGUUUCCAAUCCUAGGUCUCGUAAAGACAAUGUGUCCAUCUCUUCAUACAACACUCAACAUCAAUUUUGUGCAAAUACUUUAAAGUCAUUUUUACAACUAGCUAUUCCUUUGAAUGUAACACCUGCAUUUAAUACUCUUCUAGUAAGUGUCAAAUGGCGACUACAUUUUGAGUUUGUCACCAGCACAAAAGAAAGUGGUGAACGUUUGGUUAAGACCAAAGAAGGUUCUUGCUGGACUGGCCCUGAACACAUUGCCAUUGAAACUAUGGUGUGGGACUUGCCUAUACAUAUUUACCCUUCAGUACCAUCUACAGCUAGUGACCCACAUGCUCAAACAAGAAUAACAAUCGCUAUUUGAAUUCUUUUUAAUUAAAUAAAAAAAAAAUUAUUAAUCAUCUUUUUUUUACACCUUAUUUUUUGUUUAUUAUUUAAAUCUUGAUAAAUUAUGUAUUUUUAUUUUGUUAUUAAAAAUUGUUUAAAAAGGGACCUUUUCUCUUAGUGCUCCAUUUGUGUGUGUG